GACGCAACAUUCUAUGCUUGAAACUUGUCACUGGCUUAAAUAUCGAGCUUCUCAAAUUCAUCAUGGCUCCUCAAAAUCUGCAGUCCAAGAUCAAGCUGAACAACGGCUAUGAGAUUCCCGCUGUCGGCUAUGGCCUAUGGAAAACACCUCCUGAGCAGGCUGAGGAAGUCUGCGGUGAGGCAUUGAGGGCUGGCUACCGCCAUAUUGACUCUGCUGCCUCCUACAAGAAUGAGGCUGGCGCCGGAGCCGCCAUCAAAAAGGCCAUUGAUAUCUCCCGCUCUGAGAUUUUCUUCACCUCGAAAGUCCGCCUCAUCAACUACGAAGACUCCAAGGCACAAGUCGAAAAGACGCUGAAGGAGACGGGGCUGGAGUACAUUGACCUGAUGCUUCUCCACUGCCCCUACGGUGGCUCCGAGGGUCGCAAGGGCGCUUGGAAAGCCCUCGUUGAGGCCCAGGAGGCUGGCAAGGUCCGUUCCAUCGGCGUCAGCAACUACGGCGUCCAUCACCUCGACCAGCUGGAGACACACAUCAAGGAGCUCGAAGCCGAGCGCGGCGGCGCCCGGCAAAGGGUGGUGCAAUCAACGUCGUCCAGUAUGAGAUUCACCCGUGGUGCGCGAGGAACGACAUUGCCACGUGGUCUAAGCAGCCGCGCAUCACUGUCGGAGGCAUACAGCUCCCUGCUCGCGGCGGAACGGUGGGGUGAGGAGAACCUGCAGAAAGCUGGCCAAGAAGCACAGCAAGUCUGA